AUGAUAAUUGACAUUUUCACGGCCUUAGCUGUUUUCAUGGCGAUGUGGAUACCAGCAGCACUGCCUUUAUCCAUUCUCAUCUUCAUAACUCGCUGGAAUUUUGGAAAUGAGCAAUUUGAUUGGGUGGAAAGAGAAAGCAUAUCAAGGCAGGACAGAGGAGUGAACACAGAUUUCAACUAUGUGGAAGAAAAUGGAGUUGAUAAUUUGUCAAGAAUGCUAAAAUUACAUGAUAGCAUUCAGAGAAUGCUGCAUGAGUAUACCAUCUUAAUGAACACUGCACUAUCAAGUAGAAACGAAGCGGCAGAAAUACAUUUACCAGAUCCUGUAUCUGGACCACCUCCUUCACCUCGGCCUUUAUCAUGGCGACCACACUACCGCACAAAUAACCGUGACGCCGAAAGUCGCAGCGAAGUCUCUUUGACAAAUCCUGCAUUUGACGAUGUUAUAAAGGAAUUAAAGGGUAGGAGGUAUACGCUCAGGUCAACAUUAGACAAAAAUGAGACGCGAUCCUUGGAAGAUGGUAGAAAAGUUCAAAAUGAGGAAGAAGAGGAACGUCAGGUGGAAAGAGAGUCCCAUACAAUCUGA